GACAAUGACAACUUUUAAAAAGGCAUGUGAAGUGGUAGCGGUGCGCUUUGUUUAUUUAUCAAUAAUAUUGUUAUUUGAUAAUUAUAUCAUAGUUAUAAGUUGAACUAACCGUUUUUUGUAUUACAUUAGUCAAGACUGCCAUGCCUCAAAUAUUUCAAGUGUUGAGAUGCUACAAAUGUUUCGUCUUUCAGGUACACCAAACUAAAAAGUCUAAUAAAUGGGAAUGUAAAAUCUGCGGCGAGAAACAAUCUGUAAAAAGGCAUUAUGGUAUAGGAACUGCAAAAGACUGUAGACUACAUGUUCAAAAAUUAAAUACAAUGCGAGGGGACAUAGACAAUAAGAAAUCCACAGAAGAUAUAGACAGCGAGGAUGAAGAUGUAUCAGAACCUGGGGAUCUUAGCUGCAGUCCUGUAGCACCAAGUAGUAUCAAACCCAUAACAAAUAGCAAAUGGUCUAACUUUGUAGAUGAGCCUGAAAUUGUUGAAGAACCCGCUAUUGAUAUGAAACUGGGAGAUGCUGAGGUGGUUUUAGAAAUCCCCAAAAAGCAAAGGAGAGCAGUAAAAAGACAAUUUAAUAACAGUAAUAAUAAAGAUUAUGAGAAUCAUAAGGAACCAAGUCCACCCCCCAAAAUCAUACCAUUCUCUAGCACUGGUACUAAAUUAAACACACUGCCACUAACUUCUAAUUCAGAAAAUUUGAUAUCUCAAAUAGAAACUAAAAGUAACAGUAAGCCUAAUGUGAAGAAGUUUAUCCCACCUAUAGUUAAUAAGAAUUCUAAAUGGGCACAAUUCACUGAGGAGACUGAGGAAUGUGCAGACACAGAAUGUACAAAUACUUCACAGAGUCAGAGUAUGUCACAAAGCAAUGCUAUGUUCUCAUUAUAUGAUGAUACCGACUUAGACAAUUUGUUAGAUAUUUAAGAAUUUAUUUUUAUUAAUUUAAAAUGGAAGUUUUGGUAAUAAAGGACAUUGAUUUUCCAAUAA